AUGGAAAACGACAUAGCAGUCAUCAAGUUGAAGCAGCUCAUCCCAGUGGGGGAGGAGGUGAUGGUGCAUCCGCUGCCGCUGGCACACAGGAGUCCCGCCCCCGGCACGUCGUGCAACGUCAGCGGCUGGGGCGUCACCACCUUCAAGGGUGUGAAGCCAAAGGAGACGCUGCGCUACGUGGAGGUGCCCGUGGUGGGGGCGGUAGACUGCCGGCGCCAGCUGCCGGGACUGCUGGGAGAAGGCAUGCUGUGUGCCGGAGGCCAGGGCGGCCGGGACGCGUGCAGCGUGAGUACAGCCCUCUCAACUCCAGACACAGCCUGCGGCCUGCCGCCGUAA